AGACUCUCACCUGACCCCGGUGGUGUGUUGGUUGAACUGGUUGGGUCAUGUGACUAACUGCACCUGAAAUGUAUGAGUAUAAAACCAGGCACGGUCGUGAGGGGCUGCAUUACAGCUGGAACCUGACUGGGGUGCAGUGAGCACACAGUGGACUGGGGAAAACUGCAAAGGGCAAAACACUUCGCAAUGGCUGGCAAAGGAAAUUGUGCACGUUUUCUGGUGAGGGAAAUUCGAAUGGUACUUGGAAAGACUAGAGUAGGUAAAAGUGCCACAGGGAAUACAAUAAUUGGAGCCAGAAAGGAGGAAAAGGUAUUCAAAUCAUAUUCAACGGCACAGUCUGUUACGACCAACUGUAAACAGCAUUGCUUUAACCGCUUUGGGUACGAUUUGCAACUUAUUGAUGCCCCAGGUUUUUGUGACACAAGCAGAUCACAUAAAGAAAUCCAGAAAGAGGUCAUCAAAUGUGUGGGGAUGUCAUCCCCUGGAAUACACGCCAUUCUUUUCAUCGUGCAGGUUGGCGGGUUCACUGAUGAAGACAAAACUACACUGGAAAAGUUCCUGCAAUGCUUUGGAAAAGAAGCUAAAAGAUUCGUGAUUGUUGUAUUUACUGGAAAAGAUAACUUGAAGAGGAAAGGUAAAACUCUUGACAACUACAUAAACAGUUGCCCAGUGAAGCUGAAGACGUUUUUAUUAGAUACAAGUCGUCGAUUUAUUUCUGUCAACAACAGAGGAACGGAUGAAGACAAGGAGAAAUUUACCAAAGAUCUGCUAGACAUGGUAAAACACAUGGUUGAUGAAAAUGGUGGUCAUUGCUACACAAAUGAGAUGUAUGAGCAAUGUGAAGCUGAUCUGCGAGAAGCUGAGAAGAAGGAAAAACUCGAAGUGAAGAGAUAGAAGCAACUCGAGGAGAAACUUAAACAAGAAACUGCUGCCUUUGAAGAACAGUAACAGAGCCAGUGUCUUAAGAUGCAAGAAAUGGAGAAACAAAAUGAAAAAGAACGAAAAGAAAGGGAAAAAGAUCGAGAAGAUCAACGGAAGGAACAGGAAAAAAAACAUGUGGAAGAAGAAAAGAAACGACAGGCAGUUCAAAAGGAGGCAGCGGAAAACAUGAAAAGAGAGUAUGAGAAAAUG